AUGAAGCGGCUCCGGAAUAUUUGGCGCAUGGAGCUCUUCCAGGGGCCCCCAAAGUGGGUCCCGAUUCUGGGCGAGCUUCAGAAGACCUUGCAGAAGGGCGAAUACCUGCCCCUCCGCCCACUGCCCAUGUUCGAGAGUAACUUUUUUCAGGUAACACAUCGAGGUAGCCCUGUAUACCUGCACCACGGCUCCAACCGCUUGACCAUGGGCGUGGCUGCCACCCUUCCUGACCUGGUGCUGCCUAACAUCCUGCUGAUCGCAAAGCCUCCUGAAGGCAAGGACUCCUCUAACCUCAUCCUCACCAGGAUGAUUCCGCUGGAUCUGGUCCACCUCUAUGUCCACGACCUGGCCGCUUGGCGCCUGAAGCUGCGCCUGGCCACGGGCCGCUACUACUAUCUGGAACUGGACGCCCCUGAUUACGAGGUGGGCUUCCUGUUCGAUCGCUGGAUCCGCCUCAUCAACCUGCUCCGGGAACCAGCCACCAGCUGGGCGUCCCGGACCCUGCACACAGGGCCGCCGGUGGACCUCUCCCGCUCCGCGCCUUUCGCCUCCACCUGGCGCCUCCAGGUGGGGCUCUACGUCCACAGACCCCUGGACCGAUCUCAGACCAAGCGUUCAGUCUCCAUGGCUAAGUCGGUCUUUCCUUACAAGAGGAUGCUCCUGCAGAAACAACGGAAGGCCAAGGCAUUAAAGCGCAAAUUCAAAUCCCAGGCUGUGGGUGACUCAAUGCCUCUCAUCUGGUCACAGAUGGAAUCCUAUGACAGCAGAAAGAGCUUCCCAGAAGACAGGCUGCUGCUUUCCUCCCCAGAAAAACCCACCCUAACCAUCCGGACCAUCUUCAGCAUCGUUUCCAGCACUGUUAACCAGAAGGAGACCUCCAAGGCCCAGUCAUCUGAAUCAGGAAGGGUCACUGUCUGUGGGUGUCUGAUGAAGACUCCUUCCCGCUGUAUGUCGGAGAACAACCCUGAUGAUUUCUCCUCCAUGGUCUCCUAUAACCAGCUCGACCACUACCUGUGGCCGCAGGACAUCAAAGACCUCAUGGACACCACGUCUACCACCUUGUCCUCAUCCUCCCUUUCCCCAACUACCCACACCACCACCUUCUACCAUUGCACACCCUACCCCUCUGUCCCCAGACACAAUGUCAAGGCCAGGCCACCAGCUUCCCAGAAGGCUCUGUCUGUCCCUGUCCCAUCUGGGAAGACUCCAUUCAUGCUUGAUCAGUCCCAGAAGGCUGCAGCUGUUCCCAAGAAGACCCUUGCUGGCCCUGCCGCCUCCCACAAGGUCAUAACUGCACCUACUAUUUCUCACAAGUCCACAGCUAAAGCUGCCCACUCCCAGAAGACCCCAGUUGUCCAAGUCCUAUCCAAAAAGAUCCCAUCUGUCACUGCCCCAUCCCAGAGGGCCCCAGUUGUUUCUGUCCCAUCCAAGAAGGUGCCCCCUGCUCCUGUUUCAUCACAGAAAGCCCCCCGUGUUCCUGUCCCAUCCAAGAAGAUCCCCCCUGUCCCAUCCCAGAAGGCUCUUCCUGCCACUGUCCCAUCCCAGAAAACUCCAAUAGUUUCCGUCCCAUCUAAGAAGGUUCCCCCUGCCCCUAUUCCAUCCCAGAAGGUCCCUCAUGCUCCUGUUCCAUCUCAGAAGGUCCCAUCUGUCACUGCCCCAUCCAAGAAGGCCCCAGGUGUUUCUGUCCCAUCCAAGAAGGUUCCCCCUGCCUCUGUUCCACCCCAGAAAGCCCCCCAUGUACCUGUCCCAUCCCAGAAGGUCCCACCUGUUACUAUCCCAACCCAGAAGGUUCGCCCUGCCCCCAUUCCAUCCCAGAAGGUCCCUCAUGCUCCUGUCCCAUCCCAGAAGGUCCCAUCUGUCAUUGUCCCAACCCAGAAGUUUCCCCCUGUCCCCAUUCCAUCCCAGAAGGUCCCUCAUGCUCCUGUUCCAUCUCAGAAGCUCCCAACUGUCACUGUCCCAUCCCAGAAGGCCCCAGGUAUUUCUAUCCCAUCCAAGAGGGUCUCCCAUGUCCCACCCCAGAAGACCCUGGCUGAUCCUGUCAUUGUCCAGAAGGCUACAUCUCCCACUGCCCCAAACAGGAAGUCUUUCUUCCUACCUACUCCAUCACAGAAAGCUCUGACCUCACCUACCCAAUACCAGAGAACAUUCAGCCCACCAACCUCAUUGGAAAAGACCCUUGCAGACAGCAGGUGGCCAGCUGUAAGUCAGGGAGCAAAUAUGCUGAAGAGUACCCAGCCAGAAGCGAGACGGGAGCCAGUGGGAAUAGUGGGUGCCCAGGAGACGAACGUUGUGGAGCAGAGGACCCAGACUCGGUCCCUGGAGUUGCCUUAUGGCACGGCCAAGAAGAUGUCUGAGGAGGUCCUGGUGAGCAAAACCAGGGCGAUGACUUUAGAGGGCUUGAAGGGCGUGAGGAAAUCGGAGGACAAGGUCAGCAAGGAGGAGAAGGAAAUCACUGUGGAUCUGCCAGGGUUCAGAUCCAAGGAGAUCCAGCAGCAGAAGAGGCGGGUCAAGACGAAGGAACUGAGCCUGCAGGCACCCACGCUGGAGUCCAACAGGCCCUUCUCCGUGGAGGGCCUUGCCCUAGCUAAGCUGAUGAUCAUGGCCAGCUCCCAGGAGCACCACUCACACACUGCGGUGAUGACUCUGCCCUCUUGGCUCUCUCUGAAUGCUGAGAAGCCCUCAGUGUCCCCCAAUAACAGCCAGUUGUCCUGGCUGCAGAAGUCACCAGUGGUGGUCAGAGAGCAACCAGAGUCUGCCACCUGGGUGAAAGAGAGAACACAGCACUGGAUGAAGGUGGAGGAGCCACCCUGGAGCUCAGAGGACCAUUCCAAAGUGUCCUUGCGCUCCUUACCCGCAUCCAACAGUCCGAGCGUGGAGACUGGUCCCCGGCCUCCCAUCCCUCUGCCAGCCACCAGGUGGGAGGACCUGCCACAGUCAUCCAUCCCACUCCCCUCCUCAAGGAUGGAGGCCUCAGCCAGGAUGCCUCAACAGACUGUGAAAUUAUCUCAAGUGCCCAUCCGGAUGCCCAAUCAGCAACCCUUGGCCAUGAUGGGGUCGUCCUCAGACAUCCUUUUGCCCAUGGCCUUAGAAAUUGAGAAUAUGAGAGAUACGACCACUCAGGUGGAGGUGAUAAAAGAGAACUUGGGCAACUUGCCUACUAUUGCAGCGCCCCCAUUCUUUAUAAUGGCGGGGUCCAGCGAUCAGUAUGCAGAGUCUAAAGGAGGCAUUGCCAGAUCCCCCGAUGCAGCGCACCCCUACUCCCCAAGGAGUCGUCGCUGGCUGCAGGCGGAGGCGGGAGAGGGAGGUGGGUGGGGUAACCGGCCCCGCAGGUCUCGGAAUCUCAUGGCUCCCAUUGGCUGGGAUCCUGGGGGUUCCAGCCAAUUAGGGCUGGGGAUGGUGCUUUUCUGUACCCCACCCCUCAAAAGCGAGCGGAACAGUGGAAGUCGGCACAACUCUACCCAGUGGGGACGGUUAACAUCAGUCUGGUGA